UCUCUCACUACUUUUUUCCUUCAAAUUUCUAUUUUUAUUGGUCGCACCCAUCAGCAUUUCGAGCGGUUUUUUAUUAGAAAAAGUUUUCCCUCCAUUUCUCUGUUUCUAUCUUUUUCUUUUCUUUUUAUUCGCUAUUUUAUUUUCUCAUUUCCUCCGCCCAGACAAUGAUGACUGAUUUGGACUUGGAUUCGAAGGCAAUUCUCAAUGGGCUGGUCUACCUGGACCAGCACAACCUCCUUCCGCCCAGCGCCGCGCCAGCACUCGGGGGACAGAAGCAGCAGCAACAGCAGCAGCAAAAGGACUCGUCGAAGAACGCCAACAAGACAGACGACACGCCCAGCGCACCCGACCAGGCAGGAGCAGAUGUGAGCAAAGCCGCCACGCCGCAGCAAAGCAUAGGCGCUGCGCGGUACCCCGUAGCAGCGCCCUCCAGCGCCCCAGGACUGACUCCGCAGCAGCAACAACAGCUUUUGCCGGGCAUGUCGCCCAAGACAGCAGCUGGGCACUUCAGCGGCGCCGGGCCGCACGCGAUUGCCACGCUCAAGGUCGAGACCAGUGCGGUUCUCAAGGAGCUGGCAAGGUUCCGUGCCUGCGACGAUCAGACAAUGUCGUGCUUUUACUGCCGCGAGUGGGCGCAGUGGGUUUACCGCAAGCAGAUCUCGCCCCAGGCAACCUCCACCAGCGUGACUGCAGGCGGCGCUGGUGGCGUGGGAGCGGGAUCAGCGGCCGGUGGGCGCAAGAAAAAGAAGCAGCAGCAGCAACAGGCGUUUACCAUUUCGGCUCAUGCCGGGAGCUCAGGCGGCGGCCCGGUGGGCGGAUCGAAUGCAGCUACUGACGAGGCGGCAGCAGAGCGCGAGCGCAUCGAGCGCAAGCGGGCGGCGCGGCUGCGCUACAGCACAAUUGGCGAUCUCUGCCAGAAUCUGCGCGCAAUGGUUGCUGGCGAGCGGGACUGGCUGCUGAACGCCAGCAAUGUCGAGGGAAUAGUUCCUCCCAGCCGCCCAGGGUCGCCGUCCCCGAGCGUCUCCUCGGCAACGUCGUCAAAUGUGCCCGAGCACCAGGGCGGGAAGGGAGCGGCAGCGGGCGGAAAGUCUUCGCGAGGCAAGGCCGCGGCUGCACCAGCGGCUGCUGCGGCUGCGCCCCGGGCAAAGGAGACGGAUGAUGUGGUCGGUGACGCAGCCAAGGGGGCGCUAUCCAUUGCUGCGGCUGCGGCUGGCAGCAGUAGCAGUAGCAGCGGCAUUAGCAGCCUGCUUAUUGAUAACAUUGUCGAGGAGGUGACGUUGUGGUACGAGGGGUACCAGUUUCCGCUGGCCGAUGUAUACGAAGACCUGACAUUUGAUUUUCCGCCAGACGCAUUUCCAUAUGACGACAACCAGGACCCGCUGGACCCGGCGUUGCUGCUGCCGGCGCUGCAGGUGACCAAAACAUUUAUCUCGCUGCCAGCGUCCAACUUCCCGCUGUUGGGCAACAUCACCUCGGAGCUGAUCGCGACGCACACGUACCCGACGUGCCAGCACACAAAGGCUGACCAUCCGACACCGUCGGAGCUCGAGACGCAGCGGCUGAUCUUCAACUCGCAGCUGCAGAAGUGGCGCGGCGAGUACAAGCGCAGCUUUGAGCGCGAGAUGGAGCCUGUGUGGCAGAUCACGCAGCUACUGCUCAAGAGCGCCCAGCGGAUCGAGGCCAUGCGUGUGCGCCUGUUUGCGCGCGGCUGCCGCGCCAACCGAGAGCAGUUCCUGCAGACCAUCCGCAACCGCACGCAGCCGUUCGCCGAGUUUUGGACGCGGGUCAGCGAGCCGUACCGCACAGGAAAAGCGGCGACGAUGACUGGGCCGCCGGCAGGUAGUGGCGCCGACGAGGGCAGUCAGGCCGAUGGCAGCAGCUUGGAGCAGCCGGCCAGCGCUGGCGCCAACGGCGCCAACAGUGCCUCUGCCUCUGCCACCUCUGCUGCUGCCGCUGCCGCUGCCGCUGCUGCUGCGAAGCGUGUUCGCUCGAAACGCGGUGUCGGGCACUCGAGCAACGUUAAGUCUCAGGCGCAGCUGGCCGACGAGCUCGAUGGGCUGGUGCUUACGCACCUGGAUAAUCUGCUCGAAGUCAGCGCUACGUGGUCGCGCACGUUUCUCGAGUCGUACUAUGGUGUGGCACGCGAGUUUGCACGGGAGCUUGAGACGAUCCUGGGCGAGUGCAUCACGAUGUGUGACCGGCGGGCGCAGGGGCUCAAGUACCCGCCGCCGCUGACGCUGCAGCCCCAGCUCGAGAAGGCGCGGUCGGCGAUUUCGUGCCUGCUUCCGCACCUCGAGGCGCGCAUUGCACGGAUCCAGGAAGUCGUGCGUGAGCGUAACGCUGACAUAUUUAUCGGCACUGAGGACGUGCGCGCGAUGUGGAUCGAGGGCUCGGGCAGCACCGUGCAGACCAAGCUGGCCAAGGCGGCGCACAAGGACUUUAAGAAGAAGCUCAAGCGCAUUGAGCACCAGCAGCAGGUCGGCGUCAUUGGCUGGGCGAUGCGCGAGCUCGAGCAUCUGCUGACUGCGCCGGAUGUUGCCGCGGUGGUCGCUGACUGCUUGGAGCUGCUGAUGACGGAGGCCGAGAUCCUCGAGCGUGCUGUUGGCCAGGUGUUUGUGCGCAAGCUAGAACCUACCACCGAGGAUCUGCGCGAGCAGCGCCAGGACAUCAUCGACGACUUUACCGAGGGCCUACUGACUGGCCGUGAGGAGCUGGCGGGGAUCAUCGGCAAGCUGAUGCUUAAGGAGGCCUGGCGGAUUCUUGAGGCCAACAUUUCGCUGCAGCGGCAAAAGGCGCUUUUGGACGGCGGCGGCGGCGGUAACGGCAGCGGAAAGGGCAAGAAGAACAAGUCAGCGCAGAAGGCCGCGGCCGCAAUCAUGGCACCCGCAGAGAAUGGGCAGGCGACUGACUCUGCAGCUAUCUCAGCAACCUCAACCAUCCCUGCUCUGCCCCCGCAGCUGGCCAGCGACCAACUGUCGCUGGCCGACGACGACGACCUGUUUAACGACGAUGCCGACUCUGUGGCGGCGAAGAAGCGCAAGAAGAACAAGAAGAAGAAGACCAAGAAGAAGAAGACCAAGCAGUCGAGCCUCUUGCUUUUGGCCGGCGCAUCGGAUCCAUCGUCCGCACAAGGCGUUAAUGACGCAGCAUCAGUUGCCGACGACGACUAUGAUGGCGAGGACGACGAAGACAAUGACGGCGACCAGGAGAGUGAGGCGCAGGGGAUCCAAGACCCACACAACCAGUUUGCGUACUUGAACCUGGAUACGGCAAACAACGAGGCUCAAGGUAGUGGUGACCAGCGGUCGGCCAGCGGUAACUCUGCCGCUGCCACCAAUGCUACUCUGGCGGAGACAACCAAAGCGCCCGAACCUACCCCGGCGCCUGUUGCUGUUGCUGUACCCGCUCCCGCGGCUGUUACGGCCACUGAUUCUGCUUCUGCUUCUGCAGCAGCAGCAGCGCCGCUAGAGCCAGCGCCAGCCAAAUCCGACGCUGUGUCCGAGAGUGCAGCGACCAGCCAUAUUGCCACCAGCGCGCCAGCGAAGAAGAGCGAGGAGCAGCCGCAGCCAUUGGCGCAGCAGCAGCAGCAGCAGGACCCUGUGCUAGUCCACCCGAAGCCCCAAGUUCCACUUACCUCCAAGGUGCCCACUAGCAGCGACGAGAGCUCUGGCCUGAAGAGCAUGUCCGCUGCUGCCGCAGCCGCCACCAGGUCGCGGCGCAACACCAACGCCGCCCGCUACGUGCCUGGCGUCGGCUUUGUCUCUGAUGAUGGGGUCAACACGACAUCUCCACAGAUGGUCACGUCCAACAUCAACAGCAGCUUCAGAGGCUCUGCCAACGGCACACCAGUCUCGACGGUGCCAGCCACGGCGGCGUUGCGCAGCUCUGCGGCGGCGAGCACGCUUGGGAUCCAGACUUCGUCUGUGAGGGGCUCUGCCAACGGGCACAUGUCGCCGAUGAAUGCCGCCGCCCGGCUGGUGUCGCCGGCGUCUCGGCCGCAGUCACCGCUGGUGAUUUCAUCGACUUCGGCGUCUGUUGUAGCAGCGUCUGACAAGCGGCCUGCUGUUCCAGUGCUCGACAAGGAGUCUCUCGCGGCGCUGCAGUCCGUGCUGAUGACGGUUCCGCAGGACCAGCUGGAGAAGAAGCUCAGCGGGCUAGCGUACGAGAACCUGGUGACCUUGACUGCCGGCUCUGUGAUCGAGCGGCGCAAGAUCCAGGACAAGGCAGUACAGAUGUACAAGUCGGUGAGCAGUGUGAUGGACAGCUACGAGGAUCUGCAGACACAGGUGGUGUCGUUCAAGUCUCUUUACGAGGAUAACAAUGGCGAGACCAUGCGCCUGUCGUCGUUGCUGGCGCAGGCCGCGCAGGAGGCACAGGGCUGGCGGGAUCAGUGCGAGCAGCUGCAGAACGAGGUCGCGGUUUUGCGCCUUUCUAAAAAGACAGCGGAGGUGGCAUCAGCAUCUGCAGAGAGGCAUUUGGACGGUGCGCUUGGCGGAGACACGCGGCGCAGCAGUGUGGCUAACGGGGUCCCUUCCGCGUCCGCGUCUGGUGGCAGCGCCAGCACUAACUCAGCUGCGCUGCCGACGUCGAUGGGUCUCAAGAGCAUGGACGGCAGGGGUGAUUUAAACAAUAUGUGGAUGAUGGGCGAGAUGCUCCACCAGCAGAUGCCGAUGCCAAUGGAUGUGCAAGGCUGGAUGAGGUUUGGUCAGCAGCAGCAUCAGCAGCAUCAGCAUCAGCAUCAGAUGCCGAUGGGCUUUAGCGCUGGACCACUGGGCGCGCAGUUUGUCAACAACAGCGCCGGCAUAGCCGGCAGCAACCUGUUUGGGCAGUUUUCGGGCCUGUUCCAGUCGCACGGCUCGGCUGGCAACAACACUGCGAACGGCGGCAAUCUGCCGGGUGGGUUCAUGAGCAGCCCAUCUUAUGCAGCCGCCCAGGCCCAGGCCCAGGCCCAGCAGCAGCACCAGGGGUCAAGUGGCCUCGAUGCGGCGUCGCUGAUGAUGUUUGCCGCUAGCUCGCAGAUGGGCAGCAUGGCUGGAAUGUCUGCUGGACUACUCCAUGGCAACAAUGUCUGCGGCAGCAUCAGCGUAGUUGACGCGAAUGCCGUUGCUGCGCCGCUGCCUGGUGAUAGUAGCAGCGGUAGCAAUGCGGCCGCCACUAGCGUGUCUUUGCUGAGUGCGCUGAAUGCUGGGUCGCAGCCGCUGUAAUAUUUUGUACGAGCUGUGAAUACAAAAUUUUGUUUUGGCGUUUUUUAUUCCUUUUGUGCACACUGUAAUUUAAUUAAAGCCAGCUGGCUAGCCAAGCAAAUGGCAUGAUGUCCAUUUUAUAUCCCGAGGAAAACUCCGCCAGACAAAACUUCCAAAAAUGGAUAUUUUGCCCUUC